GGUUCCGCUUUGUGGUUGACGCAUGCGCUUGGAAGUCUUGCCGGGACGCAUGCUGAUGAAAUAGUGCGGCGUGUGCUACAGGAAAGCACCCGGGGCCCAGUCACCGAUCUGAUCGCGGAGCAACGGAGACGGCCGAUACGACAAGAUGCCUGCGUUGAGUUGUCGGUUUUACCAGCACAAGUUUCCAGAAGUAGACGAUGUGGUCAUGGUCAACGUCCGCUCCAUUGCGGAGAUGGGCGCCUACGUCAGCCUCUUGGAGUAUAACAACAUUGAGGGCAUGAUCCUCCUCAGCGAGCUCUCCCGAAGGCGUAUCCGAUCCAUCAACAAGCUCAUCCGCAUUGGCAGAAACGAGUGCGUGGUGGUCAUAAGAGUCGAUAAAGAUAAAGGAUACAUAGAUCUGUCUAAAAGAAGAGUUUCGCCGGAAGAAGCGCUGAAAUGUGAAGAUAAGUUCACCAAGUCCAAAACUGUUUACAGCAUUUUGCGUCACGUAGCGGAGGUGCUGGAGUACAGGAAGGAUGACCAGCUGGAGAGCCUGUUUCAGCGGACCGCCUGGGUAUUUGAUGAACGAUACAAGAGGCCGGGCUACGGAGCCUAUGAUGCCUUCAAGCAAGCCGUUUCGGACCCUUCAGUUCUGGAUGGAUUGGAUUUAACAGAAGAGGAGAUGCGAGUUCUCAUUGACAAUAUUAACAGGCGUCUCACUCCACAAGCUGUAAAGAUCAGAGCAGAUAUUGAAGUUGCGUGCUACGGAUAUGAAGGCAUCGAUGCCGUCAAAGAUGCCCUGAGGGCAGGACUUGGCUGCUCAACGGAAAAUAUGCCAAUCAAGAUAAAUCUGAUUGCGCCGCCUCGGUAUGUGAUGACCACCACCACCCUGGAGAGGACGGAAGGCCUGUCCGUGCUGAAUCAAGCAAUGUCCGUCAUCAAAGAGAGGAUUGAGGAGAAAAGAGGCGUUUUUAAUGUCCAAAUGGAGCCCAAGGUGGUCACAGAGACAGACGAAACAGAACUGGCCAGACAACUGGAGCGACUGGAGAAGGAGAACGCAGAGGUGGACGGAGACGACGACGCAGAUGAAAUGGAAGCAAAAGCAGAAGAUUAAAAAAACAGAUACAAUUCCAAACACCAGCUCCACAAUCUGGCCGCAACGUAUCCGUAUAUUUCCCCAAAUCUAACAUUUUAUGCAGUCGCCCCUGAUCUAACUCUUCAUUCCAGUCUACACCGAAGACUAUGAAACCUGUAGUUCCACCACAGCGUCCCUUCUAUCUGCCUCUACAGGACUUGUGAUGGCCUCUCAGAGCUUCUCCGAGGCAUCAGGGCAUGGUUUUAUAUGCUCUCAAUCCAAACUCAUGUAGGACACCUCUCCUUUGGGUUAAUGGCAAGAAGCCACCAUUGUUGUCACUAGUAAGAUCUGAUCUUGGGUUUCUUGCAUACAGUUGGUCACAGUUAAGCCCUGGGGUUUUCACAUGUCAGAGCUGAAGUUGGUUGGGGCUUGGUGUCCGGGACCACUGGAGAGGUCUUGCAUGUGCAGUUCCUUUCUUUUGACAUGUGGGAAAACCUGUUUAAAGGGGUUCUCCGGGCUACAGAUAUUGCUGACCUUCGCUAAGGCUAGGUCAUCAAUAUCAAUCUGUAAACCAUCUACCCAACCAGUCAGUGUACGGAGCUGGAGGCAGAUGGCUUUGUACACUGCCGUGACCGUGCCAGGGUGCAGCAGCUCACCGCCCGUUACAUGAAUGGGAGGUGAGUUUCAGUACGCCGGUGCAGUAAACCACACAGCGUAUGGAGCCUUCUGCUUCCAGUGACUGGCUGCAGUGGUGACGUGUCAUCGCUGCAGCAGCCAAACUGGAUGUUGAUGUGGGUAGACCCGAGACAUAUGGCUCCUAAGGGGGAGAGAUGUAAAUGAUUCCCACUGCGGGUCCGGACAUCCUGAGGGCUCUGCCGAAAAGGUCCCCAAGGGUGAGCAACCCCUUUAAAGCAUUGGAUAGGAGAUAAGUGAUUGGCAGCGGUCCACAAUGAUCCUGAGAUUGGUCAUCCGUGCUCCUCUGACAUGCAUGCACGCUGUGGGGCUUCCAGACGUAGCUGAGCUCUUGUACUCUGCUGCCUCCGGAAGUCCCAUAGAGUUGGAUGGAGCGUAUGUGUCGGCGGGGGUCCGACUGCUGAGCUUAGCACCUGAGGAGAUAAGUUCCUGUGAUGGGACAAUCCUUUCAUUAUGCCAUGUGGACAGUUCUUCUUCUCCAGGACACCUGUGGACGGCCUAUGAUACCUUUAGGCUACUUUCACACCAGCGAUCUUACUGGCUCCACCAGGGAUCAGCAAAAAACGCUUCCGUUACUGAUAAUACAACCGUCUGCAUCCGAUAUGAACGGAUCCGGGUGUAUUAUCUGAAAUAUAGGAAAGACGGAUCCGUCAUGAACUCCAUGGAAAGUCAAUAGGGGACGGAUCCGUUUUCUAUUGUGUCCGAGAAAAAGGAUCCGUCCCCAUUGACUUGCAUUGGGGGUCACGCCGGAUCCG